AUGUCAACGCGUAUUGUUAUUGAGUUGAGAGCCGAUGUGGUUCCCAAGACUGCCGAGAAUUUUCGCGUACUAUGCACAGGUGAAAGGGGUUUUGGCUAUCGUGGUUCUAACAUAUUCAAGAUUGUUCCAAACUGGUACAUCAAGGGUGGCGAUUACAUUAAUAACGAUGGGUCGGGGAACGAAUCCAUCUAUGACGAGAAAUUGUUUCCAAAUGAAAAUUACAUCUUAAAACAUGAUAGACCAGGUAACGAGCGAAGGACAUAUCAUCCGACUAAUAUUUUUGGAAGUCGACAGAUGCAUCACCCUCGUUCGAUUUAUCCUAUUAACAUCAGGAUGAGGGAUUUUUUCACAGGCGUUGUUUCCAUGAUCCAUGGAGGUGAUUACACGAGUGGCUCGCAAUUUUGCAUUUAUCUUUCCAAGGCCGAAUGGUUAAACAAUGUGCAGGUCGUCGUUGGUCAUGUAAUUGAUGGAUGGAAUGUCGUAAAGGAGUUGGGGACGUUCGAUUCUUUAGAAAAUGGUUCACCGGAAUCUGUCGUCAAAAUUUUUGAGUGCGGUCAACUCUCCUAA